AUGAUCAAUGAAAUCCCUAGCCUUCAGCAACAGAAACUUGACCACACCAUUCAGCGAAGCAUCAGUAUCCAACUUCAACAUGGCAAACAACAAACACAAAGACGACCAAGUCCUAUUGCCUCGGAAGGAGCGCGAAGUACGGCCCUCGCCACAAUAAUCAACCCUUCAAGCCAUUUCUCCCGCCCGUCCUCCCACCAUCAACACUCUCUCCAUCAAGUUCGCAACUUCAUUGCCACCAAACGCCUCGCACCACCUCCUCCCAACAGCCAGUCCAGCCCCCGUCUCCGACGUCCCCUACAAGCUCGAGCUCGACUUCCACAUCCGCUACACCGCCACUCCCCACCCCAUCGACAUCCACCUCGCCAUCCUCCCGCACCGCAUCCCAGCACAGAGCCUCUUCCAUCAGGUCCCCCCCCCAACCAGCCAGAUCUACAGUCCUUCUCUCUCAACCAGCUCGCGCCCCUCUGCUACCGCGACCUCGCCCUCCACCCCUCCAUCCGCGCCCUCGGCCGCCGCACCCUGGAACGCCUAACCCACCACAUCCUCCUCUUCUGCGAGCGCCGCCUCACCCCCGUCCUCGCCGCGCUCGCCGGCGCGGGCCCCGUGAUCUUGCAGCCGAUCCCGCUGGUCACGAACGACGUGGCCGCGGAGGGGGAGGGGCUGGGCCACAGUUUCGUGCCCGGCAGGGGGAUGCCGCGGGAUCGUGUCACGGGGGGAUCUGCAGCCCGUCAUACCCUGUGCAGGGGACGGCUCGCUGGACAUGGAGUUUUUCGAGCGCGUGUUUCGGGGGAUUAG